ACAAGAUAAUCUGAUUCAGCAAGUUGGCAGGAACAAACAGACCUCCCCAAAACUUAAAUGGUUGAAACAGAUGGCACUAUACUGCUUGAUUCCGAGAGAGACAAUUAACAUGGAUGAACAAAACACCCAUAUACCAAGAUGCUGGAGAUGGAUUACAAAACACUGGUCUGUUCCAGAGGAGGAGCCAUCGACCGACCAGGAUCUCCUCCCUGUACAAGGCAUGUUAAUUCUUGACAAGCUUGCUAGCUUAGAUAUAGAGAACUGUAUAGAAAUCAGCAGAUCAACUGGCCUCAUCUCUAAGAUUGUAGAGUUCACAAGCAAAAGAACCGACUUGACAAAUAUCAAUGAGACACACCAGACGUUGUUGAAAUGUUCAUCACUGAAGCUGCUGACAAGACUUGCAAGUACUAAAGGGAAAUUUGGUGUAACUAUGUGUCAGAUGAUUACAAAACAUCCCUUCCUUUUGAGCAACCUUGCAGAAAUAUUGGAUAACAAUGGGAGCAGCCAAGAACUUAGGGAGCUCACAGCGCAACUCAUUAGAAACCUUGCUAUGGGGGGAAAUGUGAAGGAGAUCGGGCACAUCCCAAUGAUCAUUAGCAGGUUGAUGGAUGCAUUUCUCAGCCGAAGUGCACCCUCAAGUACAGAUACAGAUCAGUUGCUACGAAUGAUCGCUGGGCAAGAACUAGCACUACUGGCAAUGGAGAGUGCCAAUAACUGUUUGCUUAUGUUAGCAGAACCAGGGUAUGUGUUCAUCAAGGAACUCGCUGUUAUGAUCCGCAGUGACAUGUACAGGUACAUUGCAUCAAGCCUGUUGCGGAGUAUGUGUGUGCAUGCUCGACCGCAGCUUGGCAACUCGGACCUGAACGAAGUCUCCUGCAUUUUGCAAGUGGUGCUGGAAGGAAUAAUGGAUGCAGAAGGGAGAGAACUAGAGGUCCUUGUUGGCCUUAGUUCACAAAUAUGUAAUGUCAUUCCAGAAGACUUUGUGCGAGGGCUAGAGCAUAAUCAGAUAAAGGAAAGUUUUAUACAGAGGCUUGUCAGUGCACUUAACUCAAAUAUGGUACCCAGUGCUCAUUGUCUAGGAAUCAGGAGGGUCGUAGUUCAACAUGCCAUAUACAUGAUGGAAUGCAAUCCAGUCUACGUUAACUGUUUCAACGAAUGCCAGAUGAUGGAAGCACUGGUAAGGGUAGAGCGUACACCUUCAAGGGCUGAAAACUACAGGUUCUUCUUGGGUGAUGCAGGAAUCAUGGAGCACAACAUACCUCUAUCCGUGCUUGUGGCUAUAGCAAAAGGAUUGAUGGGCCAUGAGCAGUUAUGAGGCAUCAGCAGUGUCACCUGAACAUGUAUUUAGAUGAUAUUCUACUACUGGUUUAUACUGGAACUUCCCAUUGGCUCACCAUAUUGGUGAGUUAUUCAUUGCAAUCCAAGGAGAUCCCAUGAAAUUUGACAAGUAGACAUUGUGCCACGACAUGAUGAGGGUAACUUAAAUAAUGGCUGGGUUAGUGUUGUAAGACCAUGGAUAUAUGGAAGAUGAUGAUUCUGAUUUGUGAUUGAAUAUGAAAUGACAUGGUAGUUGUGCAUUGUCAGGCUGUGAGGCUUCAACACCAACUCAUCGUAUUUUAAAUUUUAAGCCUUAUAAGGAUAUUGUUUGGCACUAGUAAAUGGUGUGGUAAGUGAGUACUCACGAGGCAACCACUUCAGUCCAGAUCCAAAACAGUCAUUAACUGGCACUGAUCUUCUAGCUAAGAGACUAAGAACCAUCCACUUUAGUCAUUGGACGCGAGGAGUCUUACCAUAAGCGAUUUUAAACUAAGAACGCGCCAUGCAGCAGCAUGCUAAAAUUCGGGCCUGAAAUUUGUGGUUUACUCGACACCAGAAAUAUUGGAAUUUCUGCUUCCUACUUGUCAAGUACUCCCUCCGUUUCUAAAUAUUUGUCUUUUUAAAGAUUUCAAAUGGGCUACCACAUACGGAGUAUAUAGAUAUAUUUUAGAGUGUAGAUUCACUUAUUUUGCUCCGUAUAUAGUCACUUGUUGAAAUUUCUAGAAAGACAAAUAUGGAGGGAGUAGAUCGCAAUUGGCCAUUAACUGAACACUACAGAGUACCCAUCUCAUACAACCACGAACUGACGAACUGAACGGACCUAUAUAUGUCUAAAUGCAUAGCCAUAUUUGAAAAGAGUUAGCCCCAGGACGCUUCCAGGGUCUUCAGAUCCCAGAGCUACGGCGGCGCUCAGCCUCAGGCCGGAGAUUAAUCGGAGACAAAAGGGGAUUAUUAACCGGAGGCGAG